GACAGAAGAAGAUUGAACUUGGCGAGGCUUGAUUGCAUCUUUUACCGGCUGCUGCUCUGACGCAAAAGUCGCGUCGAGUCCUCCUCUCUCCAUUCCCGUCAGCAACACCAGAGAACUUCGCCAACAAAAAUACCCAUUGGACUCGACUUGUACCGCAUCCAAGUCCGUCAUGUUCCGCCGCCCGGGUGCAGGCCGCUCCAAGGCUUCCGCAGAUACCCUCUGCCAGAAGUGCUUGAAGAGAGGACAUUACAGCUACGAGUGCAAGGCACCCGCUCAGGAACGCCCGUACAAGUCCCGACCUUCUAGGACACAGCAACUACUCAACCCCAAGCUGCAGCCUAAACUCACCACCGAGGUACCCGAGGACCUGCUGCGAAAGAAGGGCGUCGCCGAUGAGGUUUUAAAGAAGAAGGAAGAAGAUCGCAAGCGCGCGCGCUCACUCUCUACGUCGUCUGUCGACUCUGUCUCUACCAUCUCGACCAAUCGCUCCCGUUCCCGCUCGCGGUCUCCCCCACGACAGAAGCACAACGGACGAAGACAUCAUGGGGACCACGACAAAGCGUUGCGGAAGCGUAGCAGGCGCUCGGUUUCUAUGGAGUCGCGCUCCUCCCGCGCAUCGGACACUGCAGACAGGAACACAAGGCGGCGCAUGAGUUCCUUCAGUCCUGAUGAGCGAGGCCGCCGAAGAACCAGAUCCAAAUCUAGGUCCAGGUCUGCGCGCAUGCAGAUAUCACAUGAGAAUGCCAGAGGAAGAGCGCCGCGAAGCAUGAGUGAUGACGGCAGGUCGCGGAGCAGGAGUGUAAGAAGAGACAGGAGGCGACCAGCUCGACGGUCAGUCUCAAGAUCGCGGUCGGGGAGCGCGGAUCCCAUGGAUACGUCAGACGAGCGUAACCCACCAAACGGAGCACCAAGAGGCCAGCCAGGCGUCUCGCAUUCAGUACAUCGUGAGCCUUCCAGGUCACUCUCGCCAUACCACAGCAGUCGCGAUCGCAGCCCGAGUCCCUACUCCAAGCGCAAGCCUGUGCGCCGAUCGCGUAGCCCACAUGAAACAAGAAAUGGAGGACGGACCCAUGACAGUCCGCGUGGACCGGCAAGAAACCGUUUCGAUGAUCGAUCGACUGUCGCGAACAGCAGAGCUGCGAUGCCGCCAGCGCAAGCACCCCCACACCCACAAAGAGAGCGCAGCCUAAGCCCGUACAGCAAGCGAUUGGCCUUGACCAAAGCUAUGCAAUCAGGGUAGACAAAAUAACGGUUUUGGUACUUGAGAAAGUGGCCAAAACUGUAUAUCGGCACUUGGAGACUUGCAUCGAAAGUACACGGUGGGCGAAGGACAGUAGUAGCACAAUGGGUCACAAUGGGCAAUUAAAGUCGGAGGCGCUAUAUUGGCUUCUGUGGGCUGGAGGUCUGGGACUGGACCAAUUCUAAGCAUUAUGGGAAGGCGUUUCUUAAUAAUUUAAUUGCCAAACGAAUAGAGUCAAAUAGGCUUUUGCAUUGUUCUUUUCGAUUCUUCAUACGCCUCUUCUUUCUUC